CAAAAUCAAAUUGCGGGAAAAAACGAAAACGAAAUGAAUACUACUCAUCAAAGCUUCGAUCACAGUAUGGCCAAAUGUGCUCCGAACGUUUUUGGUAGAACUGUUCCCUCUGUUAAGUAACCGAAUAGACCACUGCUAAUUUUAUAUUGCUGCAAUGUUAAAAUUUGUUGUGUGGCCAGAGUAAAAGAUCGCGCGUGCUUCAAUUUUUGUCAACAAACAAAUCACGGACAAAAAAAAAAAGAUGAGCGCUUUUGAUGGUAUUACGAAUGAGUAUUCAGCAUUGCACAAGGCACUGAUUGAUUUCGCGACGACUUCAUGCAGACUGCUGUUUAUUCAGGAUGAUUCCGUCUAUGAGGAUUUCAAGUCAAUUUCCAGCGAAUUCGACGAUCUGUCGGAAAUAGAGCUUAAAGCAAUUGUUCUAAACGACAUUUUGCCAAGGAUACACACAUACCAACUGACGGAAACAGUAAAAAAGCGGUUGAAACUCUUGGAUUUGCAUCCAGGCUUUAAAAAAACUACCCAAGGAUAUCAAUAUGCCGCACUUCACAAUGAAGCCUCAUUUGUUUUGACGCCAAGCUGCGAUUUUAGUCACGGUGAGCAGCUGCCACAACUGCUGUCCGAGCAGGGAAAUCGCCGAGCAGAGAAGGAAUUCAGGUUAAAAGCACCGACACGAGGCGAAGACGCAUCCCACACAGUGCUCUUUGAUCCCGGUGCAGUGACGCAUGCUACACCCAAGUUUCAACCCAGUUCAGACAUUGCCAUACUGCUGUCGAUCAUGGUGUCUACUGAUCUGGAGUUGUCUUCUGCCCAGCUGCACGAUCUACAAGUAAUCCAAAGCCGUUUGCGAAGUGCCAAGCAAUCCUUUGAGGACAAUGGCAGGAUGCUGCCCUACCGCAACAAUCUGGAGCAUCUUAAUCAUUAUAUCGAUUUGUUCGCGCAGCUCAAGACCAAACUUUGCAGGGCAUUAAAUAGUUUUUACUGAUGACACUUACUUUUAAGUUGCUAAAUUAGAAAUUAAGUAAACACAGAGA